AUGUCGUUAACACUUUUAUUAGAAAAAUACGAUGUUUCUACUGAGGACGGUCUACAAAAGGCUUUAAAUGAAAUCGAGAAAGAAGAGUCUGAUGUCAAUGAAGCCCUAUCCAAUGCUCUCUCGCGUGCAUGUUCACUGGAUGGAAAGUUACGUACUGUCAGUCAAGCAUACACUAAGCUUGGAGAAGUGAAGAAUGACGCCCAAACUGCAGCCGAUAUGGUGGAGAAGACUGCAGCCCUGGCGCGAGAUGUCAGUGCUAAAGUACGACAGCUCGAUCUUGCACGGUCACGGGUUGCAGAAUGCCAGCGACGUGUACAUGAUUUAAUAGACCUCCAGUUAUGCAGCGCAGGUGUAGAAGCUGCUAUCAAAGCACAUGAUUAUGAAACAGGUAAAUGCUUUUUCUCUGAGCAAAACCAAUUUUAUUGUUGUGUUUCUAAAUGGCCAGUAUUACCACUUCCUUUUUAA